UAUGGGCGGAUCUGACCCCAAACUGCUUACCCUAAUUGAUUCCUCCCUCGUUUCUUUUACGCAAUCGACAAUAAGGAAGGAUUAUUCCUGCCUCACCGGUCGAUACCCGGCAACGCACCCCUUAUCGCCUUCUUUCCUCUGCCCCAUCAACCUCAUCGUCCGCCGCUCCUUCCAUAGCUUGCACCGCAAGGAGCCGCCUUCCUUCUCUAUAUUAACCAAACACCUCCUCAAGCAGCAGCAGCAGAAGAAGAAGUAACCAUGUCGAUUGUUUCAUUUGUUGCCAUGCCGGCCGAUGCGGCGUCGUCGAUUUUGCAGCCCGUCGUCGUUCAUGGCUUCUUCGUCUCCAUCCAUCUCCUCUUCCUCGUCGCCUUAGCCUUCUUCUGGAUCAAAACUGCCACAAAGCACGCCGGCAGCGCCAAACGAAUAACAGAGCGUCGCAAGUCUCUGUUUCGGGGAUUGCUGAUCUCGACAAGCGCGGCCGUCGGUGUGUUUUAUCUUUCUCUUUGCGUUCUCACCUUCUUGUGGUACAAGGACGGACGGCGAUGGCAGCGUGAUCAGGCAGUCGCUCUCGGCGACGCCGCCCUCCGAGCCGUCACUUGGCUAGCUACCGCCGCUUACCUCACCGUCGGUCUCCGCUCUCCUCGAUUUCCGAAUUUUCUUCGGAUCUGGUGGGGAUUGUUCCUGUUUAUAUCGUGUUCCUCCCUCGCCGUCGAUUUCGUCUACCUGAGAAAACGAGCUGUUUUGUCCAUUCCCGCAUGGGCGUUUGAUAUCGGUUCCGCCUUCUCGGCUCUUAUUAUGACUUCCGUCGCCUUCUUUGGGAACACCCGUGAGGCGGAAGGGGUGUCUGAUGUCGAGGAGCCGCUGUUGAACGGCGUCUCUGCAAAUGCAGAGAGUGUCACAGGGAACAUCUCUUUGUUCGCUAAUGCUGGGUUCCUCAGCUCACUCACCUUCUAUUGGAUCGGCCCGCUGCUCACCGUCGGCAACCGGAAAACCCUCGACCUCGCCGACGUGCCGCAGCUGGAGGCACGCGAUAGCAUUAACGGUGUCUUUCCGGUCUUCAAAAGCAACCUCAAGUCCUGCUCCAUCACCGGCGGCACUUCUUCCGUAACCACAUUCCAGCUGGCCAAGGCGCUGCUUCUCACCUCAUGGCAGCAAGUGGCGAUCACGGCCAUUUAUGCGAUCGUGUACACCUUCGCCACCUACGUGGGCCCCUAUCUUAUUGACUUCCUCGUUCGCUAUCUCAACGGCGACCCUCUGUUCGCCGGCGCCGGCUACUGGCUUGUGGCUGCCUUCAUUGCGGGGAAGCUCCUGGAGUGCCUCUCGCAGCGCCACUGGUUCUUCCGGUUACAGCAAGCUGGAAUCAGAACCCGCGCCGCCCUCGUCGCCAUGAUCUACCAAAAGGGGCUCAUCCUAUCGAGUCGGUCGAAGCAGAGCCGGUCCAGCGGCGAGGUCAUCAACCUGAUGAGCGUCGACGCCGACCGAAUCGGUCUCUUCAGCUGGUACAUGCACGAUCUCUGGAUGGUUCCGUUGCAGGUCGCGCUCGCCUUGCUCAUAUUGUACGCCAAUUUAGGCCUCGCUUCUGUCGCCUCUCUGGUCGCCACGGUCCUUGUAAUGCUGGCCAAUGUGCCUCUCGGGAAGAUGCAGGAGAAGUACCAGGACAAGGUGAUGGAGUGCAAGGAUACGAGAAUGAAGGCGACGUCGGAGAUCUUGAGGAACAUGAGAAUUCUCAAGCUGCAAGGAUGGGAGAUGAAGUUCUUGUCGAAAAUAAUCAAGCUGAGGGAGAACGAGGAAAGCUGGUUGAAGAAGUUCGUCUACACGUCGGCCAUGACAACCUUUGUGUUCUGGGGCGCGCCGAUUUUUGUGGCAGUGAUCACUUUUGGAUUCUGCAUGCUUGUGGGGAUUCCCUUAUCAUCAGGGAAGGUUCUGUCGGCGCUGGCGACUUUUAGAGUGUUGCAAGAGCCCAUCUACAACUUGCCUGACACAAUAUCCAUGAUCGUCCAGACCAAGGUUUCUCUUGAUCGAAUUGCUUCAUUCUUACGCCUCGAAGAGUUGCACUCUGAUAUUUCAGAGAGGCUCCCAAGUGGCACAUCGGAGAUUGCAGUGGAAGUGGUAAAUGGAACCUUCUCGUGGAAUCACUCUUCGGAUUCUCCGACCUUGAAUGAUUUAAACUUCAAGGUGCUCCGUGGCAUGAAAGUUGCUGUUUGUGGCACUGUUGGUUCUGGGAAAUCAAGCUUGUUGUCUAGCCUGUUAGGCGAGGUGCCAAAGAUCUCUGGAAGUGUUAGGCUCUGUGGCUCAACUGCAUAUGUUCCACAGUCACCUUGGAUACAGAGUGGUGAAAUUCAAGAUAACAUUUUGUUUGGUAGGGAGAUGGAUCGUGAGAAGUAUGAUAAGGUGCUUGAAGCUUGCUCAUUGAAGAAAGACUUGGAGAUCCUGGCAUUUGGAGACCAGACAGUGAUAGGAGAGCGGGGCAUCAACUUAAGUGGGGGACAGAAGCAAAGGAUUCAGAUUGCCCGGGCUCUGUACCACGAUGCUGAUAUUUUCUUGUUUGAUGAUCCUUUCAGUGCUGUGGAUGCUCACACAGGAACCCAUCUGUUUAAGGAAUGCUUGCUUGGUCAUCUAGCUUCAAAAACAGUAAUAUAUGUCACCCAUCAAGUGGAGUUCUUACCUUCAGCUGAUCUUGUUUUGUGCAUGAAAGAUGGAAGGGUUGUACAAGCAGGCAAAUACUAUGACAUGCUAAAGUCAGGGACAGAAUUUAGGGAAUUGGUUGGUGCCCACAAGGAUGCUUUAGCAGCACUUGACUCCAUUGAGCUUGACAGUGAUGCUCCCGAUAACAAUGCACAAGUUGGUAACACUGACACAAAAAUUGGUCUAGGAUCUCCCAGCCUUGGGAUCAACAGCGAUACACAAAAUGGUAAGGCAGAUGAAACAUAUAGCCAAAAGGGACAACUUGUUCAAGAAGAACAGAGGGAGAAAGGCCGUGUUGGAUUUUGGGUCUACUGGAAAUACGUAACAAUGGCUUAUGGAGGAGCCCUUGUUCCUCUAAUUUUGUUGGCACAAGUUUUGUUUCAAGUACUACAGAUUGGAAGCAAUUAUUGGAUGGCUUGGGCAGCUCCUGUCUCAGAAGAUGAGGAACCUCCUGUUAGUGGAUCAACGCUCAUCUAUGUUUAUGUUGCACUGGCUGUUGGAAGUUCCUUUUGUGUACUUAUGAGAGCUAUGCUUCUUGUAACAGCUGGAUACAAGACAGCAACACUUUUAUUUAACAAGCUGCAUAACUGCAUUUUCCGUGCAUCUAUGUCGUUCUUUGAUUCCACGCCAAGUGGCCGUAUCCUUAAUAGAGCAUCAACAGAUCAAAAUGCUGUUGAUACUGAUAUUCCUACCCGAAUUGGUGCAGUUGCAUUUAAUUUCAUUCAACUCGUUGGGAUAGUUGCAGUUAUGUCGCAAAUUGCAUGGCAAGUAUUCAUUGUCUUUAUUCCUGUGAUUGCAACCUGCCUUUGGUAUCAGAACUAUUACAUAGGUACAGCCCGAGAACUGUCCAGGUUGAAUGGCGUUUGCAAAGCUCCAAUCAUACAACAUUUCUCAGAAACCCUGUCUGGAUCAACUACUAUUAGAAGCUUUGAUCAGAAUCAAAGAUUUAUAAACACUAAUUUCAACCUGUCAGAUCAGUUUUCUAGACCAAAGUUUCACACUGCUGCUGCAAUGGAAUGGCUUUGCUUUCGUUUGGAUAUGUUGUCGUCACUUAUGUUUGCUUUUUCUUUAGUUUUCCUAAUCUCCAUGCCAAGAGGGGUGAUCGAUCCUGGUAUUUCUGGCCUUGCUGUCACAUAUGGACUUAAUCUUAAUAUGCUACUAGCCCGGGUCAUAUGGAAUCUCUGUCAACUUGAAAAUUCGAUGAUAUCUGUUGAGCGAAUAUUGCAGUACAUGGCCAUUGACAGUGAACCACCUUUGUCAAUAGAAUCAAAUAAACUUGACUCAAAUUGGCCAUCCAUUGGAGAAAUUGAACUUCAUAAUUUACAGGUUCGCUAUAGACAAAACAUGCCUUUGGUAUUGAGAGGCCUGACUUGUACCUUUCCUGGAGGAAUGAAAACUGGAAUUGUGGGUAGAACUGGCAGUGGGAAAUCUACUUUAAUACAAGCGCUCUUCCGCAUAAUUGAUCCAACUGUCGGCCAGAUAGUUAUUGAUGGGAUUGACAUUUCCACAAUAGGACUUCAUGAUCUAAGAUCAAGAUUAAGCAUAAUCCCACAAGACCCAACGAUGUUUGAAGGAACUGUUCGUAGCAACCUAGACCCACUGGAGGAGUACAAAGAUGAAGAGAUAUGGAAGGCCUUGGAUAGCUGUCAGCUCGGGGAGGAAGUGAGGAAGAAAGAACUAAAGCUCGACUCGGAAGUGACUGAAAAUGGAGAAAAUUGGAGCGUGGGGCAACGUCAGCUUGUUUGUUUGGGUAGGGUGAUCCUGAAAAAAAGUAAGGUGUUGGUUCUCGAUGAAGCAACAGCUUCGGUCGAUACUGCUACAGACAGUGUGAUCCAGAGAACCCUGAGGCAGCAAUUUUCAGAAUCUACUGUGAUCACUAUCGCGCAUAGGAUUACAUCUGUUCUUGACAGUGAUAUGGUUCUACUUCUAGAUAAUGGAGUAAUUGUGGAGCAUGACACGCCGGCAAGAUUGUUGGAAAACAAGUCGUCUUUAUUUGCGAAACUCGUUGCAGAGUAUACGAUGAGAUCUAGUUCAAGUUUUGAAGAUCCUACAACUUGAAAAACUAUGUUAAUCCCGACAUAUCAAAAAUUUAAUAAAUUUCAUAUAUUCUCUUAUA